AUGACUGGAAUUUGGAAAGCGAAGGAACCAUGGACGCCUCUCGUGCUUGCGUCUGCCGCGCUCGGGCUGGCGCUUUACUACCUACAUGCCCAGCAAACAGCCACUUUGACAACUGCGGACCCUGCGCAGGUGAAUACAGAACCGUGCCAAGACGACGAAGCGAUUCACGUACCAGACGCCAUGGAUCCGAAGGAGAGAGCGUAUCAUGAAGGCUUCAUGCGCGAGGCUAUUGCCAUGGCUGAACUUGCACUCAAGAGCGAUGAGACCCCCGUCGGCUGUGUCUUCGUCAAGGACGGCGAGGUCAUUGGACGAGGCAUGAACGAGACAAAUCGGACCCUGAACGGUACCCGCCACGCCGAGUUCGUCGCCAUCGCUGGCAUCUUGUCAAAGCACCCCAUCAGCAUCCUCAACGAGACAGACCUCUAUGUCACCGUUGAGCCAUGCGUCAUGUGCGCGUCCAUGCUGCGCCAGUACGGCAUCCGAGCCGUCUACUUCGGAUGCUGGAACGAGCGUUUUGGUGGCACCGGAGGUGUUCUGAACAUUCACUCUGAUGCUAGCGUCGACAAGCCCUAUCCAGUCACCGGCGGCAUCUUCCGAGAGGAAGCCAUCAUGUUGCUCCGGAAAUUCUACGUCCAAGAGAACGAAAAGGCCCCCGAGCCCAAACAGAAGAAGACGAGGGAGCUGAAGACAGAGAUCCUGCCCAUGGACGUUCAUCAGCCCAAGUCGACCCCAUCACCUGCUAUUCGUGCUCCGGCUAAUGCGACCUCGACCGGAUCCAUCCCGACACUGUCUUCUUUGAGCGCAUCCGCCGCCGCUGCAGCUGUCGCGGUCCCCAAGACUGUGUUUCCCACGCCCGGACAGGCUCGACCCAGCUCUGCCAGCACAGCUCUUGCUUGA